AUGCCGCUGGGGCCGCUCCGCACCCGCGCCCGCCGCCUGCUCGACGGAAUUCCGCUCCGGGGCCCGGCCGCGGCGCGCGAGGAUGCGGUCGCCGGGUACGCGCGUAUGCUGGCGCGCGGGGCCAGGCCCGACGCCUACACGUUCCCGCCCCUGCUCAAGGCGGUGGCGCGCGCGGCGGGCGGCUCCGGCUCCGUGGCGCCGGCGCGCGCCGUCCACGCGCACGUGGUCAGGCUCGGGAUGGGCCGCAACGCGCACGUGGCGAGCUCGCUGGUCGCCGCGUACGCGGCCGACGGCGACGGCGCGGCGGCGCGCGCGCUCGUGGGCGAGCGCGGGCGUGAGGGCGAGACGCCCGUCGUGUGGAACGCGCUGAUCUCGGGCCACAACAGGUGCAGGCGGUUCGGGGAGUCGUGCUGCUCGUUCGUGGACAUGGCCAGGGCCGGCGCCGCGCCCACGCCGGUCACCUACGUCUCGGUGCUGUCUGCCUGCGGGAAGGGGACGAGAGACGUGCUGCUCGGGAUGCAGGUGCACGGGCGCGUCGUGGGGAGUGGGGUGCUGCCGGACCUCAGGGUGGAGAACGCGCUGGUCGAUAUGUACGCCGAGUGUGCUGACAUGGACUCGGCCUGGAAGGUGUUCCACGGCAUGCAGGUGAGGAGCGUGGUGUCCUGGACGUCUUUGCUUUCUGGGCUCGCGAGGUUAGGCCAGGUUGAUGAAGCGAGAGACCUGUUUGAUAGUGUGCCUGAGAGAGAUACAGUCUCGUGGACCGCGAUGAUUGAUGGGUAUGUGCGGGCUGCCCGGUUCAGGGAGGCAUUGGAGAUGUUCCGUGAGAUGCAGUAUAGCAAUGUGAGUGCAGAUGAGUUCACCAUGGUGAGCGUGAUCACAGCCUGCGCGCAGCUAGGUGCUCUGGAGAUGGGAGAAUGGGUGAGGGUUUACAUGAGCAGGCAAGGGAUUAAGAUGGAUGCCUUCGUCGGUAAUGCGCUCAUAGACAUGUAUUCCAAGUGCGGAAGCAUUGAGCGUGCAUUGGAUGUUUUUAAAGGCAUGCACCACAGAGAUAAGUUUACUUGGACAGCUAUCAUACUUGGUCUCGCGGUGAAUGGUUAUGGGGAAGAGGCUAUUGAAAUGUUCCACAGAAUGAUCGGGGUUUCAGAAACUCCAGAUGAGGUGACAUUCAUUGGUGUUCUCACAGCCUGCACCCACGCUGGCUUGGUUGACAAAGGACGGGAGUUCUUCCUCAGCAUGAUAGAGACCUAUAAUAUUGCCCCAAAUGUGGUGCAUUAUGGAUGCAUAAUUGAUCUCCUUGGCAGAACUGGGAAAAUAACAGAAGCUUUGGAGACAAUAGAUCAAAUGCCGAUGACACCCAACUCCACUAUUUGGGGGACCCUGCUGGCAGCUUGUAGGGUUCAUGGCAAUUCAGAGAUAGGUGAAUUGGUAGCAGAGCGCCUCCUUGAGCUGGAUCCAGAGAACAGCAUGGUGUACAUCCUUCUGUCAAACAUUUAUGCAAAGUGUAACAGAUGGGAAGAUGUUCGGCGGCUUAGGCAUGCAAUAAUGGAGAAAGGAAUAAAGAAAGAACCUGGUUGCAGUCUGAUCGAAAUGAAUGGUAUUAUUCAUGAAUUUGUAGCUGGCGAUCAGUCUCAUCCUAUGAGCAAAGAAAUCUACUCUAAGUUGGAGAGCAUAAUCAAUAAUUUAAAUAGUGUUGGGUAUUUUCCUGACGUAACUGAGGUCUUUGUUGAAGUCGCAGAAGAAGAAAAGCAGAAAGUUCUUUACUGGCACAGCGAGAAGCUGGCAAUUGCUUUUGCAUUACUCAGUUCAGAACCUAAUACUGUGAUAAGAAUUGUGAAAAACUUGAGGAUCUGUUUGGACUGCCAUAACGCAAUUAAAUUGAUUUCAAGGUUGUAUGGAAGGGAGGUUGUUGUGAGGGACAGAACACGCUUCCAUCAUUUUAGACAUGGAUUCUGUUCUUGUAAAGACUAUUGGUAA